UAUCAUUUACUGUUACAAGGUACGUACUGUUAAGUCAUCAUAAGCCAGGUCCCUGGAACUCCAUCCUAACUUUCUAGGGCAGUGUCCUAUGAGGAAUGACCUCUAAAUCGAUUUUUUAUUCUGUAAUUAACAUUAAAAACUGAUAGACCGUGUACAUAUAUAAACAAAUCAUCUCCAACGAAGAGCUAUAUAGUGAUCUUGAUCUUGAUAGUUACGUUUACCUAUAUAGGCAGUGAUUUUUUAAAUCAACAUGAUUAGGAAACUCGCACUUAUAACGGUUAUCAUAACAUUCUCCAGUGGAUUUCCCACAAAAGACAGAACAACGCCAUUGGGAAAAAGGGUAGCCAUCAUUCCUGCUGACACAGAAGACCUCAAAACAGCUGAAACGUUUUACAGUGGCUACAGCACGGUGUAUCCCAGCUUGGGUUUUAGUUCGGGAUCGUAUGGAGGUGGCUAUGGUUGGAAGGGUGAUCAUAAACCUAUAACCGGAUCAGUCUACGGAAGUGGGUAUGAAGUAGGGUAUCCUGGCAUUGGCAGUUAUGGAGCUUUUGUACCGGGUACGUUAGUGGUGAGUGGAGGACCUGUAAUUUCUGGAAGCGGAGGAGGAUAUGGAUGGAGGCAGGGAGUUAAUCGAUGGGCUGUGUAGAAUAUAGAAAGAAUCCAAAUUAUUCUUAGAUGGUUUUUCGUAUUACCGUAUUGUGUACAUAAAAGAUUAAAUGCAAUAAUGAUUAAUAACAUCAACAACAAAAAUUUUCUAAUAAUGAUGUAACUAUUUCUCAUUUAAUAAACAACAUAUAUUUCCUCUUCAAAUAUGAUAUACCUAGGUAUAAUUAUUUUGGGGAAUGUAGGAUAUGGUAUUAUGUUUUUGAUUUAAUGGUAUCCUAAACACACUCCACAUAAUUCUAUUUUGCAUUUUUGCAAUAAAUAUUUUUUGCUCAAUGUUAUUUUUUCAAUAAAGAUAUCCAAAGCUUGUUUUUCUAGAAAAAACAUCCAUAUAAAAAUUCAUAGCGGGCCAUGAGUUUAUAGCAGUGGAAAACCGUUAAUUUCAGGGCCCUACCCAAAAAUAUUUAAUGAGAUGUGAAUGCAAAAACCAAACGCACUUAAUACAUGCACAUAUUAGAAUGAUAUUUUUAUGACCAAGGUUUUUAUAGUACCUUCGUAUCACGGCGUUAGAAAAAUAGAACACAAAAAUAACAUUAAUAUUAAACACAAUUUUGUUUGUCUAGUUUUAUUACUAAUUGAUUGAUUAAAUUAACUUACUAAUAUUUUUUUAUAACUCUUUUUAAUAGAUUAUAAUGGUUAUUAGAAGUUGUUUGUAAAGCUAUGCUCUCUUCAGGUUUCAAAUGUUAUUUAGUAAUUUAUUGUUCCCCAU